AGAUGGCAGUAAUUCAGCAUGUUUCCACGUCUCAGAUUCUACCGCCCUGCUGUCAAAAUGGUAAAAAUUGUUGGAACCGUUGGAACACAACAUGGCGCUAUGGUAUAGCACUAAAUUUCUUUGUUUUGUACAAAUUGUUGUCUUUAGUGACAUUACACAUGCAUAUUAUUGUGAAUGGGAUCUCUGUGAUGUGGAUCAGUAUUGCUGCGGUGAUAAUCAGUGCUGUAGCAAUGUCUACAGUCAAUGGUACUUCUGGGCUGGUAUCAUAUUUUUGAUCAUCAUGCUGUCAUCAUGUGGUGGCUUCUUCCGUUACUGUUACACUGGAUACCGACCUCAAAUCAUAGUACAUCAAAUAACAAACUAUGUCCCAUUCCCAACAGACAGAUCUUGUUCAGAAGAAAGACAAGGACUUGUUGCACAUGAAGAUGUGGAGGCACCCAUGAAUCAUCCUGAGUCACCACCUCCACCUUAUUCUGCCUCAGUCAGUCCUGGGAAGGAGAUAAAAUGAAGCAGUGCAAAUCACUUGUAACAUUUUGCACAGUUCUUAAGAAAUAAAUGUACAUUUCUCUCACUCAUUCAGUAACUUCAUGAAGAAACUUGCCAAAUUUCAUUCAUCCAUCGUGUAGAGGCACUUUAAGUCUUUCGUGUCUAGUUUAGUGUGUGUGUGUGUGUGUGUAUAUAUAUAUAUAUAAUUAAAUUUAGUACACUGUAUAUAGUUUAAAGUAACCUACAUACCUACAGGCGCGCGCGCACACACACGCACAACACACGUUAGACAUUAAAGAAACUCUAGUAUAGGCCUAUGAUGUUUAAGGAAAAACUUGGAAAAAUGAAAUAUCAUUGUUGAUUGGAGUGUUCUUUCAAUGUUAUUCAUAUAUUUAUAUAGACAGAAUAAAAAUAUGAACAGUU